AUCCAACGGACCUCCUAAGUCGGCAAAACUCCCCUUGGACAAAACCCUAGUCUUCUCUGCCUCUCUCUGCAACAAGAAAUACGUGACCCUCAUAACUGCUGAAAGAAAAUAAAAAAUCCCCAAAUUUCUCUAAAACUUCGACGCCAUGAGAGAAGGAAGAUCGCUCUGAGUUCUCUUUCAUCUCGACCGUUGGAGUCCUUGGUCAUUUUACUAACGGUAACGAUGAUCCGACGAUUCCCGGAGCCGCUUUAAAUGGCGUCUUUCCAGAUCCCUCCUUACCAUGAGACGGCGAUUCGUGAAAUCUCAGACACCUAGGGUUAGGGUUCGGAAGCUCUUCGAGUCGGAGUCUGAAGAGGAGAAGAUCGCGACUUCUAGGGUUAGGGUUUUCCCAUCGAUGCCGUCUGUCGGGACGAGGCGUUCGACGAGGGUAUUCGUUCCGAAAUCCGUCGCGAAAGCGGUCGAUGCUGAUGUGGCGGCGCCAGCCAGGGUAUUGCGGUCCGGGAAGCUGCUGAGGCCCGUUUUCGUUGCAGGGAAGCCAGCGGGGGAAGGGGAUUCGGAUGAUGACUGGUUGCGGUGGUUGAAGCAGGAGGGUUUUGGUGCGAUCAACGGCCGGGACGAUUCAAUGGUGGAGUGCGAUCGGACGGGAUCGGACAGUAGGGAUGGAUCGGCAGUGGCAGUGAUGGAAACGGCGGAGGAUUUGAACCGUCGGAUGUUUGGGAUUGUUUAUAGCCGCAAGAGGCGGAGGUUGGCAGCUGGAAUUGCUGGGGCGGAUGCUGCUUCUGCGGGCUUGAAAGAUCGGAUGUAUGGAAUUCCGUUCGUUCGGAAACAGAGGAGGAAGACAGUGAAGACAGCAGGGGCAAAUUCGGAAAAUUUGCAAGAAUGUAGAGUUGUGGAGAAUAUCAAUUCUUCUCUACCUCCGAAGGGGAAGGUCAUUGUUGUUUUUGUGGAAUCUUCUUGGAGUAGUUCACAUCGGUUUCGUUUGUUUCUGCUUUCUGUUUUGGGGUGGAUGAGGCAGUGCAGGAUGAGACUGUCGGACUUUUGUCAUUUCUUGUUAUCUGACCCGAUGGCUGGAGCUUUCACUCAGUGUGGCAUCCGUUUCUGUUCUGUAGACAACAUGAGUUCAGAAAAUUGUUUUUCUUGCAGCAACUCUUGUGGGGUUUGCAUUAUUUUUGGGGCUCGACAGUUCACUCCUUUGGUUUCUCUAAAUUGUGCUGCACUUCCUUCUUAUUUUAUGAGCUUGCAUUCAAGUAUGAUGCUUCGGUCUCAUUUUCUUCCAAACUUUCUUGAGAGAUUCCUAAUGGGUUUGUUGGACAAUGCUCGUGGAGAUACCAUUGGCUGCAAAGAACACAAUUCCUGCAUUUCUACGGCAUCAGGUGUUACCAGAAGGGAAAUUAUGUCUUCUGGAAUUCCUGCUGCAAAGAGGAGUGUUAUGGAUUGCUUUGGCCAAGGAACGGAAAAUGCUUCAAGAAAUCUAGCCACUCAGCACAAUUUGGAGUUCCGAAAACAUCAGAGGAGGAGGACUUCAUUGAGGUCUGCGAGAGUUCCAAAGUAUCCCUUGGACUGGCAGAAUGAGAUUUUGCGUUCUGAACCCUAUGGUGCCAGGAAGCUCAAUUUAGCUACACGUGAUAGUGUACUUGGGCCUGGCCGUGGAAAAUCUCUGGAUGCAUGUCUUAGUGAAUUCUUUAGUGUUAGGGAUGAGUAUGCAGUAUUCUCUUCUCCACGAGCUAAACAGGGGCAGAAGAAGUUGAGAAAUAUUCCCAGUGAGAAGAUCAAGGAAUUGAAAUCAGCCUUGGUAGAUCUGAAGCAGAACAUAGAUUCAGUACGCUGCAGCACAAACAUUUUGGUUAUUGAAUCUGAUAGGUGCUGGAGAGAAAAUGGGGCUGAGGUCAUGUUGGAAUACUCAGGUUCCAAGGAAUGGAUGCUUGCUGUGAAAAUUCGAGGCUUGACAAGGUACUUGCACAAGGCUCAAGAAAUGAGACCUAGCACUGUCAAUCGUUACACACAUGCCAUGAUGUGGACUGGUGAGAAUGGUUGGAAGCUAGAGUUUUGUGACAGAAUAGGUUGGCUCGUAUUCAAGGAGCUUCACAGGGAAUGCUGUGAGAGGAACAUGCAGGCUGCUUCUGUUAGGAUAAUCCCAGUACCUGGAGUGCAAGAGGUUUCCGGUUAUGGGGAUAGAGAAUCUGUUCCUUUUGUGCGGCCCGAUGCAUACAUAUCCAUGGGAAGUGAUGAAGUUGAGAGGGCUCUAAUGAGCAAGAAUGCCAGAUAUGAUAUGGAUUCUGAAGAUGAGGAGUGGCUGAAACAACUGAAUUACAAUUUUCAUGACAGUGAAAAUGGUAAUGUCAGUUAUAUUUCAGAGGAUGACUUUGAGAAGAUAAUAUUUUCUCUUGAGAAGGCUGCGUAUAAUAAUCCAGAUGAUGUCUCUGACAAGAAUAGAGCAAUUAGUCAUUUUCCGGAUUUAGGGAGGAGGGAUAUGGUCGCUUCUAUCUAUGAUUACUGGUUAAGAAAGAGGAAGCAAAAACGAUCGUCGCUGGUUCGUGUUUUCCAGGGUCCCCCUCCAAAAAGAACCGAAUUGAUUCAAAGACCAUCUUUCCGGAAGAAGAGAUCUUUCAAGAGGCAGGCAAGCCAAGUUGGCAGAGGCGAGCCACCAAGUUUCCUUCAGGGUGGCACAUGUAUAUGGUGAUCAGAACCAGGAUGCUCUGGGCUGUGUCAUUGAUUGGCGACUUACACAAAAUUGCUUUGAUGGGAUAUUUUAUUUUCAGCUUUUGAGAAGCUGCUUUGAUUGGAUUAUCCUAAUCAUCUAAUGAAUGGAUCCUUGUGCACUGAAAUCUGAGCCAUUGCUACUUUAUUCUAGUGUCCAUUUGUAUCACACUGAUUAGCAGUUAAGAGUCCAAACAAUAUGAUAUUUGGACCAUGGGUCAUGUACUAUUCGAUCUUUCAAAUGAAGGGUUUUGAUUACCAUGUAUGCCAAUUGCCACAUGCUACCUUCUGCCUAUGCCUCCAGAUGCACUGGAUCCGUUCAUCCACUCAAAUCCCUCUUUUCCUUUCUUCAAGAAGAAGAUUGAUUUCCCCAUUUUUUUAGGACCAAUAUUUUAUAUCUUUUAUUAGCUAUGUUGGAUCGCUGUCAAAAACUCAUGACAAUCCAGAAGAUAAAUAUAUUAAAAAGGGAAAAAUCUGAA